AUGGAGAGACCCAACUCACCUGGACCUGAAGCAGGCAGGGUCCCUGGGAGCAGUGGGGAAUUCUGGGAGAUAACUACACAGACAUUCCUGAACAUACACAUACAGCGCCAGCUCUUCAGGCAGUCCUCCUACCGAGAGGGCGAGGGACCCAGAGAGGUUUGCAGCCGCCUCCACGAUCUCUGCCGCCAGUGGCUGAAGCCAGAGCAACACACCAAGGCUGAGAUGCUGGACCUGGUAAUCCUGGAGCAGUUCCUGAGCCUCCUGCCCCCAGAGAUGGGGAGCUGGGUCCGAGAGUGUGGGGCAGAGACCUCUUCCCAGGCGGUGGCCCUGGCGGAAGGCUUCCUCCUGAGUCGGGCAGAGGACAAGAGGCAGGAAGAACAGGCCCAAAAUAACUGCAUGGAAGUCCAGUCUAAUGUCUCUGCAUCAGAGAAAACUCCAUCAGACGCCACCCAGAGCCUCCAGCAGAAGGAGCUCAAGCAGGAAGAAGAUGGGGCUGCAGGGGUGCAGGGAGCUGACAUGAUGUUGUUGCUGAAUCCUCAGUUGUUUCUUCCCUUUUGUGAUGGAGUGGAACUGAAUCAGGUAAGCAGAAGGAUUGCUGGGAGAGGAGAACUGGGUGUCAUUUGUUCCAAGCUUAAUCAUCUGUUGAAACAGAAAAGAUUGAAUACAUUUUCUUAAUGCGAAGUUUAAAGA